AAAGGUGGACCCAACAUAGGUUAGGGUUGCAGGGCAAUCCGCAUCCUCUGAUCAUUUCCGAGUCCCGAAUCAUUUCUCCUACUCUUCUUGACGUUCACCAGCGAAUUUCAUGUAUUCUCAGUUCUCACUGUCUCAAUCGCUCCUAUUUCCACCUGCUCCCAUUUCAGGGCAUCGUCAUGGUGGGGACUACCUGUUGGACAGCUUGGGUGUGUAUGGGCUGGGCACUACCAGUAUUUGGUAUAAUGGAAUAGCAGGGAUAGACUAAGAUCGAUGGAGUGUGUAGUGCAAGGAAUUAUAGAGACGCAGCAUGUUGAAGCCUUAGAGAUUCUUCUUCAAGGCCUCUGUGGUGUUUCCAAAGAACGUCUUAGGAUUCACGAGUUGUGCCUAAAAAGUGGACCCAACCUUGGAGCGGUAGCCUCAGAAGUGCGGCUCUUGUGUGAUUUGGAACAACCUGUACCAACUUGGACUGUUCGACAUGUGGGGGGUGCCAUGAGAGGUGCUGGGGCUGAGCAAAUAUCAGUUUUGGUGCGCACUAUGGUGGAAAGUAAAGUAAGCAAGAAUGUGUUGCGCUUCUUUUACGCACUUGGUUACAAAUUGGAUCAUGAACUUUUGAGGGUGGGUUUCUCUUUCUAUUUCCAAAGAGGUGCUCGGAUCACCAUUACUGUGACUUCGGCUAAUAAAAUGCUGAAGCUGCAUGCAACCGAGGAAGCUGUGCCAGUGACUCCUGGGAUUCAAUUGGUUGAAGUGACAGCCCCUGCAGCUGCUGAUAACUACAAUGAAGUUGCUGCUGCUGUUUCAUCUUUUUGUGAAUACCUUGCACCACUAUUGCAUCUGUCAAAACCAGGAGUUUCAACUGGUAUUGUUCCUACUGCUGCUGCAGCUGCUGCUUCUCUCAUGUCAAAUGGUGGCGGUAAGCAAUUAUAAGUUUAUAAGACUGGAUGUCCGAAUGGUCUCUCCAUAUAAGUUGCUUCCUGAACUGCAUUGAACAUGUGCCAUAUUUGUGUGAUUACAACUUAUCUGAUCAUCUUCCUUCUGUCAAAGGAAUUGCUGGCGCAUCUUUGGACCUCUGUUUACUAGUGCCUCAAUCGCAGUACCAUAGCAAUUACUGUCCUCUCCUUCUGCUGAA